UUACAUUGCACGUGCACUAAUGAUGUGUUCAUAUGCAGGAGAUAAGCUGUCCCAACAUAGAGGCCCUUGUGCAAACCAUGGUGUUCUUAUGGCAAUAUCAAUGAGUGGACCUGGAAGAGGAGGUGGCUUGUUGGAUAAGCCAACCAUAGAGAAGACUACACCUAGUCGAGAAUCUGAAUUUGAUAUAAAGAAAUCUAGGAAAACAGCUCCUCCUUACCGUGUGAUAUUGCACAACGACAAUUACAACAAGCGUGAGUACGUAGUCCAAGUUCUAAUGAAGGUGAUCCCAGGAAUGACGCUCGAUAUCGCUGUAAACAUCAUGCAAGAGGCCCACCACAAUGGCCUAGCAGUUGUAAUUAUUUGCUCUCAAGUAGAUGCUGAGGAGCACUGCAUGAAGCUCAGGGGUAAUGGUCUCCAUAGCUCAAUUGAGCCAGCUAGUGGUGGCUGCUGAACUCUUCUAUUGCAUGACAAGUGACAAACCACAAGUAAUGUUUCGAUGUGAUCGAGUUUCCUUCUGUAUGUGGAUGUAGAUAUUCAAUAGGGCUGUCUGAAUGAUGCCAAUUUGAGGAUAGUGAAACGAAAUAGAUGGAGCUGCAAGAAGCAUAUGCAUAUAAUAACUCUUCACGUCAUGAUGUAUUUACCGAUGUAUCUUCUUAAUUAAACCGUACAUUGAUAUUAUGUUGAUAGGUACCUACGAACCCUCUAGUUGGCCAUUGGGUUUGGUGAUUAAUACUUGAAACCCCUUUUUGAUCA